AUGAAAUGGUCCUCGGUUUCUUGGCCAUCAUCUUUAUUAGAAGUGUUCAAACUGAGCCAAUACAUGACGAAGCCAAAAACAAAGCUGACAUUUGAUGCUUUCCGAGCGACCCAGUCCAUGCUUCCUCCAAUUCUUGCUCCGAGGAUCGCUCAAAUGGAUGAAGGUUCUCCUACCCAGAAACCUGAUGAAAUCCCUGAAGAGCCUCUGAUUGUUCCUCCAUCUGCACUAUUCAUAUCAGAAUCUUGUCGUCAAAUCAUCUCUUCCAUUUCUGAAAAAGGUGACAAAUUCAAAGACAAAGUCAAAAAGAUAGACACAAGUUCGGACAACCAAAUGAAUUCGUUUAGAAACUUCGAGGGCCAGUCCCAAGAACAAAUUGACCAAGAUUUGGAAGAAAGCCUCCAGAUUCAAGCUCUCAAAGACAACCCAAAUCCGAUGUUGGAAAUUUAA